AUGCAACCCGACGUGGACUUGUGGGCAGGCAGGUCGUCAGACAAAUUGGCUUAUGUCGGUCUUCCUGGAACUCGAGGUGUAGUACAACCGAUCAAGGAAAUCAAACCAGGAUUCAGGCUUGCGUUUAAACCUUGUUUACGCAAGCAGGGCUUGGACGAGAGGCUAUUCUCGAAACGCAAUCUAACAUUUGCUGGAGGGCAAGUUAUUUUUGGCUGUCGAAGAGCCCACGAAUGGCGGGAGGAUCAUGUUUUUGAAGACCGGUACACCAAGAGUCAUGGACUUGUAGAAAGUCGUGACAAAGAUCCUGACGACAUCGGGGAAUUCGAAGGAUUGAUUCAAAGCUACGCUGGACUAGCUCUUACAUACCGCAGCGACAUAUACAACGCAUUUGCCGGAAUAAUGCGAUACUUUAAAACGGAUUUGAAGGUUACUCUAUGCCAUGGUAUUCCAGACAAAUUCUUCGACUGGUUCCUUAUUUGGGGACCCCUGGACCCCCAAACCCGUCUGCAUGAUGCGCCAAGUUGGUCGUGGUCGGGCUGGCAGGGUGCGCCAUUUCCACGUAUCUGGGAUUGGUACAGCCGUAGCAUAUCGAGGAUCAGAGUUGCGCAACGGAAGCGCACGUGGAUUAUCUGGUACCAAAGGAGAGCUCACAAUUUGGAAGAUUGCAUACGCGUGUGGACCCCAAAGGCCGACGUAGCAGUAACUUCUCGUGGUCCUCGGAACUUCUAUGGUGGGCAUGUUCAGAAUCGCUUCCCUUUCGAUUGUAGUCGAACGGAACCGACUCCCCGAACGCUUACAGGAGCACCGACAUAUACCCCUGACGCUUAUAAUCCUAACCCUGGAUCAGGAUUUUUGCAAUUUUGGACGGUUUCCGCCAUGUUCAAGCUGGAUAAGGCCCAGAGUCCCCCACCCAAGAUAAAACCCAAAAGUGGAUACACGAUGCUGGGAAUUUACGGCGAUAGCAAACGCGAACUAGGUAUAAUAUAUCUGCGUCCUGACUGGUGCAAGAAUAAUGUUCCCAAUGUGUUUGAGUUCAUUGUUAUAUGCGAAGCACGAGAUGAAAGGGCCAAGGACGGGCGAAUGGACAACGAACCUGGUUGGCGGUAUAUGGUUAUGCUGAUUGAAUGGCACGGAGAGGGCCAGUGGGCUGAGCGUGUAGCUGUUGGAUGGAUCAAAAAGAGAUACUUGGAAAAAGCACUCGGAGAUGGGCCUGUGUGGAAGGAGAUUAUUUUGGGUUGA